AGACAACAGGGACCCAUUAUAGUUUGAACAAGGGCGUCCGGCUGCCGUGGUGAGCCGCAUUCCAGAGCUUCGUUUCCUGCAGCCGAGAAGCUACGGAUGGCGGAGAUUGAGUUGAAAACUGCACCAGCUGAUUUUCGCUUUCCCACGACAAAUCAAACAAGGCAUUGUUUCACUCGCUUCAUCGAAUAUCACAAGUGUUUGAAUGCUAAAGGUGAAGAUGCUGCUGAGUGUCAAAAGUUUGCCAGAUACUAUAGAUCUCUGUGCCCAGGGGAAUGGAUUGAGAAAUGGAAUGAGCAAAGGGAGAAUGGCACUUUUCCAGGCCCCCUCUAAGCGACCAAUGCCUAGAAUUAUGCUGCUCUUGACCACUGUUUUCCUCGAUGCCUGGUGCUGGUCCGGACCUGUGGUUUGCUUUGCUGUUACAGAAUUCUUGCUGCUGAUUGCAUGACAACUUUUAUUUGUUAUGUUUUUUAACAUUUGCUUGAAUAAAAGGAAGGUACAAGUUUAUCUGCAAAUUAUUUACAUGCAAACCAACUCUGUAGUCUUCGUGUUGGUUUUUGUGUUGGUUAUCCCGCAUACACUUUGCUAUGUUUAGCUUCAGGAAAUACCUGCAG